ACAGCGGACACACUCUUAUCUUCUGCUGCACAAGAUCAUUCAGUUUCUCCAGUCUCUGAGGGUAAACCUGUAAACCCUUUAACAGGAACUCCAAUUACUCCAUCCGUGUCAUCAUCUACUAUUCCACAUGAUGAGUAUGAAGAGUUGGAUCAAAAAUCUGCAGUGGCAGAGUCUGUCAAGUCAACCAAUGGAUCACAUAUUGAACUCGAGACAACUGCCCCUCUCAUUGUCCCAACGGCAGAAACCUCAGGGCAAACACCCUCUGAUGUGACUGAAAAGACAACAGCAGAUUAUACAACACUAAGUACAAAGUCACCUUUAUUGUCAGCAUCAUACACAUCUGAAACAAGAGAUGUUUCAAAAAGUGCUCUUACCCCAGAUGUAUUACUCAGCAGCACAGCGAAACCAACAUCAGUACCUCAUAAAACAGAACAGACUCUUACCACAACCCAUGCUCAUGAAGAAUCUGCAACAUCCGUGGAUACCUCAGUAUCUGCCAGGACAGCUAAAGGGAGCACAGAUCAAUAUACCAGUGAACACCCCAGUGAAAUGUCCAGAAAAACGAUGACACCUCCAAGUGGUUCCUCAUUAAUUAGUACAGAGACAACAACAGCAGAGCAAGUUGAUACAUAUUCCACUGAAGAGAGAAUAACCCCUUCAGUUUCAUUCACUACUGAAAAGGCAGGGGCAUAUCCUCUCACUACUGAAGAAGAGGGCAGUUCUGGAACCAUAAGUACAGCACAGUUUGCAUCCACUGUUACUGUCAUCGCAGAUUAUACAACACUAAGUACAAAGUCACCUUUAUUGUCAGCAUCAUACACAUCUGAAACAAGAGAUGUUUCAAAAAGUGCUGUUACCCCAGAUGUAUUACUCAGCAGCACAGCGAAACCAACAUCAGUACCUCAUAAAACAGAACAGACUCUUACCACAACCCAUGCUCAUGAAGAAUCUGCAACAUCCGUGGAUACCUCAGUAUCUGCCAGGACAGCUAAAGGGAGCACAGAUCAAUAUACCAGUGAACACCCCAGUGAAAUGUCCAGAAAAACGAUGACAUCUCCAAGUGGUUCCUCAUUAAUUAGUACAGAGACAACAACAGCAGAGCAAGUUGAUACAUAUUCCACUGAAGAGAAAAUAACCCCUUCAGUUUCAUUCACUACUGAAAAGGCAGGGGCAUAUCCUCUCACUACUGAAGAAGAGGGCAGUUCUGGAACCAUAAGUACAGCACAGUUUGCAUCCACUGUUACUGUCAUCGCAGAUUAUACAACACUAAGUACAAAGUCACCUUUAUUGUCAGCAUCAUACACAUCUGAAACAAGAGAUGUUUCAAAAAGUGCUGUUACCCCAGAUGUAUUACUCAGCAGCACAGCGAAACCAACAUCAGUACCUCAUAAAACAGAACAGACUCUUACCACAACCCAUGCUCAUGAAGAAUCUGCAACAUCCGUGGAUACCUCAGUAUCUGCCAGGACAGCUAAAGGGAGCACAGAUCAAUAUACCAGUGAACACCCCAGUGAAAUGUCCAGAAAAACGAUGACAUCUCCAAGUGGUUCCUCAUUAAUUAGUACAGAGACAACAACAGCAGAGCAAGUUGAUACAUAUUCCACUGAAGAGAGAAUAACCCCUUCAGUUUCAUUCACUACUGAAAAGGCAGGGGCAUAUCCUCUCACUACUGAAGAAGAGGGCAGUUCUGGAACCAUAAGUACAGCACAGUUUGCAUCCACUGUUACUGUCAUCGGUACAUCUUCAACCCUGUAUAGCAUUGACACAACAACAGCAACAAUAUCCCCUGAAGCAUCAUCAACCUUCGUGAGCACAGAGGAGGAUAUUUCUGAUGAAAACAUCACUACGUCUACAGAAACACCUGUCACCAAAGAUACAACUGGCUCCUCUGCUUUUAAUAUCCUGUCUUCAUCAGUGUCAACAUCAAGAAAAGCUGAUAUCACUGAUACUUCAAAAACAGCUAUUACUUCCUCUUCAGCACUCCACAGCACAGAGGAACCAAAAUCAGUGUCCCCCAAAGCACAUCAGACAUUUACCACUGUUGGUUUCGAGGAAAAGUCGCCAGUGUCAGAGGAAGGUUCAGCAUCUCCAAUAACAGACAACGAGAGGACAAGUCAACCCACAAGGGAAACAUCUAGCAUACACAUUGCAUCUCCUACAGGGUCCUCAUUGUUCAGCACAGAGAAGACAACAGCCCAUCCACCUGAGGAUCUUUACAGUAUCCAAACAGGUCAAACAAUGACACCUUCACUUUCCACAGUCACAGCCAGAACAGGAAGUUCUUCUGCCAGUUCUCCAGUUGAGAAAAGCUCUACAGGAUACCAAACUCCAGACACAUUCACAACAGUCUCUGUUGGUACAGGAACAUCUUCAUCUGUUCACAUUAACGAGACAAGGAUGUCUCCUGAAGCAAUAGCAGUCCUAAUAAGCACAGAGGCCGCAGGUUCCGGAGAAGGUUCUACUGAUUUUACUGACAAGACAUUUGUGACCGUUGCCACAGCAUCCCCAACACUGUUUACAGGGUCUCCUUCCAUCCCAACAUCAGAUACAUCUGUCAAAAGUGAGACUUCAAAAACAACUGUCUUCACAGCUUCAUCAGACUAUGGUGAAGUGAAAUCAACCCCUGUGUCUCCUGAAACAGAACAUGUUGUUACUACACAUCUGUUUGAGGGCAGUUCAAGAGCACCAGAACAAUCUACAUCCUCCCCUCUACCGUCUGUUUCGCAAGGAACUGGGAAAACCACCAUUUCAACCAUAGAUAGAACAGGCUCUUCUUCCCAGACACAAACUAUGUAUGUCCAGACAACCUCUGUGGAAUAUGAAAUUUCAGCUAAAUACAGUCCGGUCCCGUCAGAAACUCAGUCACUUCUUUCCACAGAGGAUCCUCAAACAGCUGACACACUCUUAUCUUCUGCUGCACAAGAUCAUUCAGUUUCUUCAGUCUCUGAGGGUAAACCUGUAAACCCUUUUACAGGAACUCCAAUUACUCCAUCCAUGUCAUCAUCUACUAUUCCACAUGAUGAGUAUGAAGAGUUGGAUCAAAAAUCUACAGUGGCAGAGGUCCUCAUUGUUCAGCACAGAGAAGACAACAGCCCAUCCACCUGA